AUGCUCACCUUCCGCCGCGCCCUCGUGGCCGCGGUGUUUUUCAUCGCUGUCCUCUUCCUCACAACACGAUCGUCAUCACCGGCUGCCUCGGCGGCAGCUGUCGAGUAUCCAAAAGUACAGCCCGGAGCAGAGGCCGCGAGGCAGAAAUCGCAAACAACGGCGUCUUCUAGGCAGAAAGCUGCCGACGACCAGGUGGUACAAAAUGGCGGACAUCAGGGCGGCCCGCCGAAGCAGAAGCCGAUGAAGGAUAUGUCAAGAAUGACGCUUUACGAGAAGCUCGCCUACCAGUUUCCCUACGAUGUCGAGACGAAAUUCCCAGCUUACAUUUGGCAAACGUGGAAAUGGACACCAGCGCACGGAGAGUUUACCUUUCGCGAGCAGGAGGCGACAUGGACGGAGCAGCACCCAGGGUUUAUCCACGAGGUCAUCACCGAUCAGGUUGCUGUGCACCUGCUCCGUCUCCUCUACGGAUCAGUUCCCGAGGUUCUGGAGGCGUAUGAGGCGCUUCCUCUUCCUGUGCUCAAGGCCGAUUUCUUCCGCUACUUGAUCCUGCUCGCCAGAGGAGGUAUCUAUUCCGACAUCGACACGUAUGCAAUCCGCAGCGCGCUCGAGUGGGUCCCUGAAUCAGUCCCGCGCGACCAGAUCGGAUUGGUUAUUGGAAUCGAGGCGGAUCCGGAUCGCCCGGAUUGGAAGGAUUGGUACAGCCGAAGAAUUCAGUUUUGCCAGUGGACCAUCCAGAGCAAGCCCGGUCACCCUGUGCUGAGAGAAGUGGUGUCCCGCAUUACCGAACAGGUCCUGAAGAGGAAGAGAGCCGGUUCGCUCAAGGAUGUUGUCGACAAGGAUGUUAUUGAAUUUACUGGCCCAGCCCUUUGGACGGAUAUUAUCUUCGGGUACUUCAACGAUGAGCGGUACUUCGACAUGGAGAAUUCGGUCGGCCUGAUUGACUGGAAGAAUUUUACUGGCAUGGAGACGGCAAGACGUGUGGGAGAUGUCAUCGUGCUCCCCAUCACCAGCUUCUCACCAGGUGUACAACAGAUGGGGGCCAAAGAUUACGACGAUCCUAUGGCGUUUGUGAAGCACGAUUUCGAGGGUAUGUCAUGUUUUCCAGCAACCUCAACAAAGUCUUGGCUGAAGCUAACAAAUGAUGUCACAGGCACAUGGAAACCUGAGAGCGAGCGUCACAUUGGCGAGCAAUGA